AUGAACGCUGAGAAAAUAAAGAAGCUCCAGGCAGCUUCUGAGGCUGUUCGUACUGGAGGAAAGGUCAGAAUUUUAUUUGAUUUGCGGUUUUUAGGCAAUAUCAGUAAUUUUUAUCUUUAUGUAAUUUUAGGGAACCGCCAGAAGAAAGAAGAAGAUUGUACAUAAAACCGCUGCCACCGAUGACAAGAAGCUCCAGAGUAAUUUGAAGAAGCUCUCCGUGACCAACAUUCCCGGUAUCGAGGAGGUCAACAUGAUCAAGGAUGAUGGAUCUGUUAUCCAUUUCAACAAUCCGAAGGUGCAGGCUUCGGUUCCUGCUAACACAUUUUCGGUUACCGGAACUGCUGAAAACAAACGUACGUUUAUAAUGCAUUGCUGUUGUUCUAUAUUUUCAUGGUUAAUCUUGUGUUUUUUUUAGAAUUGACGGAAAUGCUCCCAGGAAUCUUAAACCAAUUGGGUGCUGAAUCACUGACCCACUUGAAGAAGCUGGCCAACAAUGUUACCAGCCAAUACAAAGCGGGAGAAGAAGAAAUACCAGGUAAUUAUUGGUAUUAAGGUUACUGUUGAGAUUAAUAUGCACAUACUUACAAGUUUUUUUAGAUCUCGUUGGCGACUUCGAAGAAGCCUCAAAAACAGAAGCCAAGGCUGAGGAGAAACAAGAGGCCUAG